CUACAUUGUAUCAUGGUUCCCAUGGAGACGGAGCGGCGCGUCCUUCCUAACACUCAGCUCCGGCUAUAGGAAUGCAGAGAGAUCUCCGGGAUCUGAAGGAGGAGGCGGAGGAGGAGACGUGCGGGAGAUCCCGGGCUCAAUCUCCAUAGAGCAGAAACGUCACAGAAUUUACAACAAAUGGCAUUAGAGUCAUCUGUAGCAAAAGGAAGACUAGAAACUCUACAGGUCUACAAAGUUCUUCAGUGCGUCAGAGAGCAAGACAAGGAACAGAUAGAAAAACUCACCAGACUUGGCGUCCCAAACGUCAUAAACCUUACUGAGCCCAACAAUGGAGACGGUGUUCUACACGUGGCUGCUGUGGCCAAUAACGUUGACAUGUGUCACUUCUUGCUCUCCCUUGGAGCCAAUCCUAACAUGCAGGACUUAAAGGGAUAUACACCAGCCAUGAAGGCUACAGAAUUAGGUCAUGACUUAGUGCUGGAGGUGCUUUUGCAGGCCGAAGCUGACAUGACCGUUGUGAAUAAAGAAGGCAAAGGCAUUCUGUUUUACUGCAUUUCGCCUACUAAGAGGCAUCUACGUUGCUUUCAGCUGGUGUUGGCCUCUGGAGCUGAUGUCAAUAACACUUCAGUAGAAGGAAUACCGGUGCUGCUGGCAGCAUGUGAACAGGCGCAAGAAUGUAAAGAAAUGUGUCUAAGAUUAUUGGAGAAGGGAGCCAAUCCCAACACUUCUAAUCCGAAAACAGGUCGCACAGCUUUGAUGGAAGCAGCAAGAGAAGGAGCGGUGGAAGUUGUCCGCAGUAUAUUAGAGAAAGGUGGAGAUGUCAACGCUAUUGAUAACCAGCGAUAUCAUGCUGUUCAUUUUGCUGCUAGAGGUGGAUUUUUUGAGAUCUUGAAGGUGCUGUCUGCAUACAAAGGAGACAUGGGGAUUAUUGCGAUGGAUGGAAACACGGCUCUUCACCUUGCAGCCGGUGGUGGGAUCGUUGAUUGCUGCAAGUUCCUCGGACAAAGAGGUUGUGAUCCCACCUGGAAAAAUAUAAAAACGCUGACACCUAAAGCCAUUGCCAAAGAAGGUGGUUUUAAAGCUGCUAUGAAGGAAAUAGGAAAAGCAAUGCGUCUUUUUAAAAAAUACUCCAAGCCAAAUGUAAAGAAUCCCAACCCACCCUGGGCCCUUACAUUACAUGACUGGUCAUUCGAGCACCAGUUGGCCCUUCGGGAAUCAUUUGCUUUGUUGGAUAAAGGAGAAGGAACCAUCUCCAAGGCAGAUUUUGUUGAAGUCCUCACAGAGAAAGGAGCUCCAGUGACCACAGAACAAAUAGAGACCAUUGUUCAUCUUCAUGAAAAAGGUAGAGGAGGGAGCAUCAGCCCCGAGGAGUUUUUGAAAGGGUCAAAGUACCUACAAAAAGCUUUCCUUCUAUCCUCCUAUGGACCGAAAAAGAAAAAAGGAAAAAAAGGCAAGAAAGGGAAAAAAGGAAAGCGUACACUACUGAUGCCAAUAUGCACAAUGCCAAGUCACCUUAUCUCACGGCGGGAAGAUGGUGGGCCACCCAACUUUAUGAUUAAAGCUUGUCAUAAUGUUACUGAUGUCAACCGAUUUGAUUGUGACCACCCACCCCAAAAUCCACUAACAGAUGAUACCGGCUGGUAUGUGGAUGACCAGGAAAAAGAGUAUACUCAUAUAAACCUUGCCUCCAAAACUGGAGACCUUGAGUCCCUGAAAAGGGCCUUUGAAGAGGGAGUAUCAGUGGAUGUGAAAGAUAUCUUUUAUAAAACGCCCCUGAUAGCUGCUUGUGCUUAUGGAAAUAUGGAGGCUGUCAGAUUCCUUCUGGAUAAAGGUGCCGACGUCAAUGCGAGUGAUAAUUUCAUGUGGACCCCGCUUCAUCAUGCUUGUCAUGCCGGCCAGAGCGACAUUGCUGAACUUCUGCUAAAAUAUGGCGCCAAGAUAGAUGCUGUAGCCCUGAAUGGAUCCACGCCACUCAUGAGAGCAGUGGAAAGUGGAAGUCUGGACUGUGUUCAGAUGUUAUUGCAGUCAGGAGCAAAGGUGCAGAUUGUCAACAAGAAAGGACAAAAUGUUCUUGAUGUGGCAAAAGCAUAUGCUGACUACAGACUCACUGACUUGAUUCAAGCCAAACUAGACAGCUUGCCAAAACCGAAAGAGAAGAAAGGCAGCAAGAGGAAAGGUAGAAUGGAAGGCAAAUCUAAAGCAUUAUCUAAGCCACAGACCCCUGCAAUUCCAGACACUCUACGUACAAAGCCAGAGAUAUCAGCAUCUACAGAGUUUCUACUUAAAAGAAAGGAGAAGAAGAGUGCCAUUGUGCAGCUAAAUAAUCUAAUAACUUUGGGAGAAACAAAGAAAGUUGACAUAACUUUUGUACCAAAAACAGUUUGGGUUACUGAACCCUCAACACCAGAUCGUAUAAGGAAGAGAGAACAUCAGAGGGAACGAUUUACAUAUGAAGUUGAUUUUGAAGACUUUAAGAUGCCAUUUAGCAAGAAUCUCAUAGAGAAAUCAUUGGCCCUAGUGAAUGGUGAUCCUACAAUGUGCAUCUAAAUAGUUACUUAUGGGCAAGUUUACAUGAUACUGAGUUUACAUGUAAUAAAUCUAUAUAGAAGAUACUGUAUUCACUGUACUGCAUUCACAAUGCCAAUAACUAAGGUGCAACUUUGUGAUAAAUGCAUGUCUUAAGUAAUUGUUCUUUGAUACUGUACCUUACAAUAUAAUCUUGUGAUCACUGGGUAAAUUGGAAAAAACAUGGUAAAACAUCGGAUAGGGGAUACAUUUUUUUCCAUGAUACUUGUCCUUUAAUGGUUCCACAAUGGCAUCCCGUCAUUUAGAAAAAUAGUUUUUAUGAUAAUAAUUGCAUAACACAUUUUUAAUGGUGACAACUUCCUGGAUUUUGAUAGGUUUAUCAGGAAGGCUAGUGUAUUAUUUUUGCACCACAUCCAUGACUUGGUGUAACUUAUUGAGGCCCAACUCAAGAUUUUUUUUUAUUUAUUUUUUUAGUGGCACUGAAGACCCUGGACUAUUCCACCCUAUGCAACACAAAUGUAGAACAAAUUUAUCCAAAUACCCCCACCUCCAAAACAAAGGAAUGUUCCUCUACUUUGGGAUCACAGCGAUCCGACAGCAUUAGAUUCUCUGUAUUGUCUGACCAGCUUUUUAAAGGGAUACUCCCCCCUAGACAUCUUAUCCCCAAUGCAAAGGAUAGGGGAUAAUCUCUCUGAUCGCAGGGGUCCCGCUGCUGGGGACCCCCGCGAUCUCAUCUGCGGCACCCCCAGACAUCAUGCCGGAUGACUGGCAAUGCAGGACGGAGACUCAUAAU